AUGGCCCACACAUCUUCACGCGCGCGGUGCUUCUUGCUCUUCAGUGCAUUGUGUCCACUGCUGCGACCAGGUCUGCUAAGUUUCGUGUUCCACGCGUUUGUGGGGGGUCGUCGCGCACCUCAGCACCGCUGCGAGUCCCGUUUGAGAGAAUGCCCUGUUGGAUAUUCUGGGACGCGAGAGCGAGAUAUGAACACAGCACGCAGCGGCAAUGGUGAUAAUCACGCCAACCAGCUGUACCCGAACAACCCAGAGCUCAAGACUGGGAAGGGACGUGCUUUCGUCAAGCCCCCGUUGGCAGCAGCCAGCAAUGAUAACCGCGCCAAUCGGCUGAACCCGAACAACCCAGAGUUCAAGACGGGGAAGGGACGUGCUUCCGUCAAGCCCCCGCCGGCAGCAGCCAGCAAUGACAACCGCGCCAAUCAGCUGAACCCGAACAACCCAGAGUGCAAGGCGGGGAAGGGACGUGCUUUCGUCAAGCCCCCGUCGGCAGCAGCCAGCAAUGAUAACCGCGCCAAUAAGCUGAACCCGAACAACCCAAACUUCCAGAUGGGGAAGGGACGUGCUGUCGUCAAAUGUUCGCCGACAGCGGCCAGCAAUGAUAACCGCGCCAAUCAGCGGAAUCCCAACAACCCAGAGUGUUUCAGAUCGAAAGGCAUGGACGUACCACCGAAGAGUUUGUUGCCUAUCAUUUCGCAGAGCAUAGCGCGAAAGAAGCGGGCCGAAGGCGUUUUUGAGAACGUGGCCAACCGACUGGCCCCGAGGGACAGGGUGUCCGCGAGCGCAGUUCAAGAUUUCUCUUUGUGCUUGCGGAAGUUCUGUGGCGGAGACUCAAAAAUCAGGUUGAAGGGUUCCAGACUCAAGCGUGUUGCCAUCAAAGGGAGCGAUUUCGAUUAUCAAAGACAUUGA